AUGGCUAGUGAAAAAGAUGAUUCUCUUCAGAAGCUUUGUUCUACCCAUCAGCCUAAUGCCUUGUCCAUGAUUUCCCAUUCUUCAGGUUUGCCUUCCUCAUCUUCUUCAGGUAUAUCCCCAUCCACUUGGAUCUUUGACUCAGGCGCUACACAUCAUAUGACUAGUGAUUUGUCAUUGUUUACUUCAUUGUCUUCUUUGUCCACGUCAAUUUCUGUUUUGACUGCCAAUGGCACUUCUAUGUCAUUGGCUGGUAUCGGCUCUAUCACAACUUCUAGCCUAUGUCUAUCUGAUGUCUAUUAUAUUCCUCAACUCACCUUGAAUUUGAUUUCUAUUAGUCAAUUAUGUGCUUCUGGCUAUGUUGUUCAAUUUUCUUCUACUUCGUGUUAUGUACAGGAUCCUCACUCCAAGAAGCUGAUUGGGACAGGCCGUAGAGAGGGAGGAUUAUAUGUGUUGGAGAAGCUCCAGAUUCCUGCCUUGGUGGCUUCGUCUAUUGAUUUGUCGUCUUUUUGUCUGAGUCCUAAGUCGUCUAAUUUUUAUCUUUGGCAUUCUCGUCUUGGUCAUGUCUCUGGUUCUCGUUUGAAAUAUUUGGUUUCUACAGGAGCUUUAGGCAAUUUCAAUUGUCAUGACAUUUCAGAUUGUAGUGGGUGUAAACUUGCCAAAUUUUCUGCAUUACCUUUUACUAGAAGUUCCUCUAUUUCUUUAGCACCUUUUGAUUUAAUUCACUCUGAUGUAUGGGGCCCAGCUCCUAUUUCUAGUAAAGGGGGCGCUAGAUAUUAUGUUUCAUUUAUUGAUGACUACUCUCGUUAUUGUUGGAUUUAUCUUAUGAAACGCCGCUCUGAUUUCUUUACUAUCUUUCAAAAUUUUCGCGCCCUUGUUCAUACACAAUUUUCUACUGUCAUUAAAUGUUUUCGGUGUGACUUGGGUGGUGAAUAUACUUCUCAUGCUUUCACUGACUUGCUUGCUUCAGAUGGUACCAUACACCAAUUCUCUUGCACUGCCACUCCUGAACAAAACGGUGUUGCCGAAAGGAAACAUCGACAUAUUGUUGAAACUGCCAGGUCUAUGUUGCUUUCUGCUGAUGUCCCAAAAGUUUUUUGGGGCGAAGCAGUUCUGACUGCCAAUCAUGUGAUUAAUCGUAUUCCCACAUCUCUUACCUCUGGUAUAUCUCCGUUUGAAAGAUUGUAUGGUAAUAGUCCUGAUUAUUUCUCAUUGAAAGUGUUUGGUUGUACUUGUUUUGUUCUUCGUCCUCCUGUUGAACAUACAAAAUUAUCUGCUCGCUCUGCUAUGUGUGUUUUUCUUGGUUAUGGCGAAGGACAAAAAGGUUAUCGUUGUUAUGAUCCUAGUGCACAAAAAUUGUAUGUCUCUCGUCAUGUGGUUUUUCUUGAGCAUAUUCCUUUUUUCUCCAUUCCUACUAGUUCUCCUACUUUAUCGAAUUCUGAGCUCAUGUAUAUCGAUCCUUUUUCACCUACUAAUGAUGAUUUCUCUUAUUCUGACAAUGUUAACAUUUCUCCUGUUUCUAGUUCCCCUUCUAAUCCUUGUGUUACUUCUCCUCCUAUUACUCAAGUGUAUUCUCGCAGGAAACAUGUCAUCAGUUCUGACACUAAUAAUCCUUCUUCUCCUUUGGUGCCUGCUUCAACUUCUGUGGAUGUGGAUCCAAUAGCACCUCGUUAUCCUUCGCGCACUCAUAAGCCCCCUCAUCGGUUUGGUUAUUCUUCUACUGAUUUUAGUUAUUCUUGUUAUUCUCAUGAUUUCUCUUCUUUCUUAUCUUCUAUACAUACUCUCUCUGAACCCACCUCCUACAAGGAGGCUAUAUGUAAUCCUCUUUGGCAACAGGCUAUGAAUGAAGAACUUUCUGCUCUGCAUAAAACUGGCACAUGGGAUUUGGUUCCUCUUCCUCCCGGUAAACAUGCAGUUGGAUGUCGAUGGGUUUAUAAAAUUAAGACUAAGUCUGAUGGUUCUCUUGAGAGAUAUAAGGCUCGUUUGGUUGCUAAGGGAUUUACACAGGAAUAUGGCCUUGAUUAUGAAGAGACCUUUGCUCCAGUGGCCAAGAUGACUUCUGUUCGUACUUUACUUGCUGUUGCCUCAGUUCAUCAAUGGAGUUUAUCACAGAUGGAUGUUAAAAAUGCUUUUUUGAAUGGGGAUCUUUUCGAAGAGGUGUAUAUGGUUCCCCCUCCAGGUGUUCUUCAUAAUCCCGGGGAGGUGUGUCGUUUACGAAAGCUUUGUAUGGUCUUAAACAAGCUCCUCGUGCUUGGUUUGAGAAAUUCUCUGCUGUUAUUGGUUCUCUUGGUUUUCAAUCAAGUGCUCAUGAUCCUGCCUUAUACUAGAGUGGCUGAUACGCCUCUUGAGCUCAAUGUGCGUUAUUCUCCAUCUGAUGGUACCCCUUUGGAUGAUCCUACUCUUUAUCGCACUAUUGUUGGGAGCUUGGUUUAUCUCACUAUUACUCGCCCUGAUAUUGCCUAUGCUGUUCAUAUUGUUAGUCAGUUUGUCUCUUCUCCCACUACUCUUCACUGGGCUGCUGUGAUUCGUAUUUUACGCUAUCUUCGAGGGACAUUGUUUCAAAGCUUAUUGCUUCCUUCCACCUCCACUUUGGAGCUUCGAGCCUUUUCUGAUGCUAGUUGGGCUAGCGAUCCUUUUGAUCGGAAAUCUACUACUGGUUAUUGCAUUUUUCUUGGUGAUUCUCUUAUCUCCUGGAAGAGUAAGAAACAAUCAGUUGUUUCUCGUUCUUCUGCUGAGGCUGAGUAUCGUGCUAUGGCCUCUACUGCUGCUGAAAUUGUUUGGCUUCGGUGGUUGCUUCAAGAUAUGGGUGUUUCUCUCUCUAUGCCUACUCUAUGUAUUGUGAUAAUAAAAGUGCCAUUCAAAUUGCUCACAACUCUGUCUUUCAUGAGCGCACAAAGCACAUCGAGUUGGACUGUCACUUUGUUCGCCAUCAUUUCCAGCAAGGCACUAUCUCUCUUCCUUUUGUCUCCUCCACCAUGCAAUUGGCCGACUUCUUCACCAAGUCUCACACUCUUGCUCGCUUCCGCUUUCUUCUUAGCAAACUCUCGAUGCUUAAUACUGUAA